AUGUCUGAAUCGAACAAGAAAACACAAGUCAUUAUCGAUUUGAAUAAACUUCUAAAUCUUGAAGAUUCUGCUGAAAUAAAACGAAUGAAAACCGAAUUUGAAUUAAACGGCUGGUGUUUCGUUUUUUUACCAAAAGAACUCAUUCCAGACUCAAACUUAACAAAGGAACUGUCGGAUUUUUUUGAGUUGGACAAAAGAAAAAAUAAAUAUUCGCAACAUCUUGAAAUAUAUGGUUAUUCAAAAGUGAAUCAUAAAGAAGGAAUCAAACUACUAACCGGAAGUUAUUUUGGCAAAUUUGCAAAUAAAGGAUUAAUACCACGGACACUUGUUCAACCAUUAAACUAUAUUUCUCAAGUAUUAGAUACCGUAACAAAACGUUUAAUCGAAGUUCUUGAUCAACAUUCAGUAUUCCAACAGGACCCAUCUUUAGCAUCUCUCAUAGAACAUGCUGAUCUUCCUUUAAAAGAUGAACAUUUUGGUAUGCUUGACAUUGUAAACUACUUCAAUAUGAAAAGUAGUUUCCGACCACCGCAGAACGGACAAACAACUGAAGAAGUUAAUUGUGUUCCACAUUAUGAUCCAGGACUACUUUCAAUUAGUAUUUUAUCGACACAUGAAGGACUUCAAUUGAAAAAUAUGACGAAUAAUGAGUGGGUACAUGGACCUUUAGAACCAAACAUUGGUGUCAUUUGGUUAGGAGAAGCAGCAUCUCAAAUAACACAAAAUCGACUCAAGCCAGGUAUCCACCGAGUCGUUUAUCCUCAAGAAUCAAAACCUCGACUUACACUCUGGUACGAAUUAUGUACGAUUGAACAAUUGAAAAAUAUAAGUGCUGACAAAAAAGACGAAUUAAUGGCUAAUGGAACUGUUACGUUUAAAAAUCUUCCUGGAUCGGCUCCAAUUACUGUUUUGGCUGGUGAAAAAAAGCUGGAUUUUUUGAAACGAGUUGAAAUGGCAGCGGGUUUGUCGAUGAGUAAAAUGGGUCCCCCGAUUUAUAGACUUGAAAAGCAUGUCAUUUCAUAUCCAACAACUGAUUCGAAAAUUGAAUAA